AUCUUCCCAUGAAAUUGGCCGUGGUUAUACACCACGUAAUUUAUAUUUGGAAUUGGAACGAGAACGCGGCUGUAUUGAAGGUUCGCCACCUUCCGACAAUGUAAUGUUCGAUAAUCAAUGUUACGCCACUACUCCCAGUUCCAGUAAUGGCAACUCCGAUCAGGAUCAGUCUUCGUAUGUACAACGUCCUCCUGGAGGAGGCGGCGGCGGUGGUGGUGGACGUCAUCAACAUCGUCAUCAGGGUCCCAAUGUUACUCCUACACCUGGCAGCCCCACUUCACGUCUAUUACUCGAAUAUGAAAUGCAUUUGCGCAACACUUUGGCCAAAGGCAUGGAUGCUGAGUCUUAUAGUCUUCAUACAUUCGAGGCUUUACUUUCGCAGAGCAUGGAAAAUUUGGAAUUUGCCGAGAGUUUGCCCGGAUCAAUGCAACGCAGCCCGUUUCCCAUGCGCAGGCCUACAAGUGCUAAAUCUUCUACUCUACCUUUGCCUCCACAUCGUCCUUUGUCUGCAGUGCGCGAUAAGGAGCGUGAUCGUGAGCGAGAUGGUUACUAUAGCGAUCGUAAUGAGUUGGUGCGUGAGCGAGAACGUGAAAGGGAAAGAGAACGUGGUUAUUUGUCGGAUCACAAUACUAGUUUCUCAAAUUCACGUUGUGCUUCAUGCAUUGGUGAGUCAGCCAGAGCUCAAUGGUUUCGUCAUUCGGAUGGUUGGCGUUCUGGUAGCUCUACUAUCGGUUCUGGUUCCGGUCAAGGUCUCAUGUCUCAACAGACCACUAGUUCAGGCAACAAACGUUCUCCCUGGGAUUCCUUGCCAUCAUUAAGACAAGACAGUAGUUUAAAUGACUCUGGUUAUAAGUCAGCCAGAGCUGAUUCCUUAGAACAACGAGCCGAAUUUAUACGCCAAGAUAGUUUAAGAUCUGAUUAUUUAAGUGAUCGUGAUUCCCGUUAUGGUAUCGUACAACAAGCAUCCAUUGAGAGCACCGAUUCACGUAUGUGCUAUUUGACAUCUUCCGAGAUUUCCGACGAUGACCGCAUGAGCUUAACUACAGCCGUAUCGGAUGAAGAUGAUGGCGAAAGUGUCAUGGCGUCACCAUAUAAAGCAAAAGCAACUGGUACAGCUGCCUCAUCAUUCAAUUGCACUGGAGCUGUACGUAAAGCUGGUUUCCUGUCGGUGAAAAAAUGGCUUUUACGCAAAAAACAUCAAAUCGAAUUGGCCCGUAAGCGGGGCUGGAAGGGUUAUUGGGUGUGUUUGAAGGGUACUACUCUGCUCUUUUAUCCCUGCGAUUCGCGUGAGGGUCGCAGUGUGGAGGCGGCACCAAAACAUUUAAUUAUCGUUGAUGGUGCCAUCAUGCAGCCAAUACCGGAGCAUCCCAAACGUGAUUAUAUAUUUUGCUUGAGUACUGCAUUCGGUGAUGCAUAUCUAUUUCAGGCACCAUGCCAGGUGGAAUUGGAAAAUUGGGUUAAUAGCAUUCACAGCGCUUGUGCAGCUGCAUUUGCAAGACAUCGAGGUAAAACCGGAACAUUACAUUUACUGCAGGAAGAAAUAUUCCGUAUUGAAAAAGCCAUCGAAUCGGAUCACAAGCUUAAACAUAUGGCAGAGCUGCAACAGUCGGUGGUUACCGAUCAGGAUACACGUCUACAAAUUCAAGGUCAAAUACUUCAAUGGGAAGAAAAUCUUGAACGUUUGCAUUGUGAACAAUUUCGUUUGCGCUGUUAUAUGGCCUCGUUACAGAGUGGCGAAUUGCCAAAUCCAAAAUCACUACUUACACAUGUCUCACGCCCUACCAAAAAUACUCUCAAUAAAUUGGGCGUUUUUACGGUUUCCUCGUUUCAUGCAUUCAUUUGUGCCCGUUCACCUUCGUUACUCAAUAAUUUAUUGGCUGGUCGUGGCGCUACGAAACGUCGUCCACCCAUGUUAUCACGUUCGAAUAGUGGUUCGAGUCGUCGUUCAAUGCAGUUGAAUUCUCGUGAUGAACCGGAAAAAACAUUCAAAGUUGCAAUGCCUGACAAUGCUUACUCGACUGUUUACCUACGUGACGCGAUGUCAGUGGAAGAGUUUCUGGCAAGUGCUUGUGCUCGACGCAAUCUCAAUCCCAUGGAACAUUUCGUACGUGUUAAGAAACGACGUGACAUGGAAGAUCACAAUUACUUUGUGCCACACCGAAAUGAUUUAAUCGAAAAUUAUUUACAUAAUCACGAAUUCGUAGAAGUUUGCAUGAAAAUUUUAUAUCAAGUCGAAUUACAUCGUACAACAUUGGAACAGAUGUGGGGUUUCUCGGUUGAAGCUGAACUUAUUGAAAAUGCCGAACGACAGGAUGAACUGUGCUGUUAUGUCAGUCGUGUGGAAGAUAAAAGUGUAGCAAUGCAAAAUGGUAUUAUCAAGGGAGAUGAAAUAAUGGUCAUAAAUGGUGCUAUUGUAUCCGAUCUAGAUAUGAUGUAUCUGGAGAGUGUUCUACAGGAGGAGCAGUCAUUAAGCAUGAUGAUGCGUUCAUCACGUACUGAACCACCAGAUCUUGGUGGCAUAAUGCGUGUUACCGAUGAUAUGAUUGAUUCCCUUGUUUGUCCACCACCACCAUCGGAUCCACCAGUAAUGAGUGAAGAAAUGAUUACUGGUUUAAUAGUACCGGCCCCAGGUUGGAAUGGCACCGGUAAAGAUUUAUACUCACCAGAGGCCGAAAGUUCUCCGGCUCCUUCGUUCGUUGAACCAACAGUUGUCACUCAAAUUGCGGGUACAGCCACUAAACCAACGUCACGCACAAGCAGUUUCGAAAUUGAAAAUCUACUAAAAACAGCCGAACAGGUUACCGGAUUUUGUCGUUCACCUCAGGAAACUCGCAAAGCAAGCCCUACUGGUUCCGUUACAUCCUCGGUUUCAAAUGCAGCUCUAACACCUUCACGCCAACUAACGGAUGCCGAAAAGUUACGCAAAGUUAUUUUAGAAUUAGUUGAUACGGAGAAAACUUAUGUCAAGCAUUUGAAUAAUCUUUUGGAGAACUAUUUAGAACCCUUAAAACGUGAGACAUUCUUAUCGAAUGCUGAAAUUAAUGCACUUUUUGGUAAUAUCCACGAAAUUGUUACGUUCCAAAGGCAAUUUUUGCAAAAUCUUGUCGAAGCAUUAGAACUUGAACCCGAGUUUCAUAAAUUGGAUCAUCCUAGUCAAUAUAGAAAUGUGCUUUUUGCAAUUGGUUCCGCAUUUCUUUACUAUGUAAAUCAUUUUAAAUUGUAUUCGUCGUUUUGUGCCAGUCAUAGUAAAGCUCAAAAAGUUUUACAUCCAAAUGAGGGAAAUCAUGCUUUGCAAGAGUUCCUAGCUGCUCGUAAUCCCAAGCAGCAGCACAGCUGUACUCUGGAAUCGUAUUUGAUAAAACCCAUACAACGUAUACUCAAAUAUCCUCUACUGCUGCAGCAAUUACGUAAUCUAACCGAUUCCCGAGCUGAUGAACACUUGCAUUUGUGCGAGGCUUUAAAGGGCAUGGAGAAGGUUGCCGAACAUAUUAAUGAAAUGCAAAGAAUACAUGAAGAAUAUGGUGCCAUUUUUGAUCAUUUAUUCCGGCAACAUCAAAAGUCUUGCAAGCAACCUAUUGAUCUUAGUCCAGGUGAUCUUUUAUAUUAUGGCGGAGUGGAGUGGUUAAAUAUAUCAGAUUUUCUGGGCAAAAUCAAAAAAGGCUUGGAGCUUCAUGCCAUGUGUUUUGUUUUUAAAUCAGCGGUUGUGUUCCUUUGUAAAGAGCGUCUUCGUCAGAAGAAAAAACUUAUGGGCGUUUCAAGUAAAACUACACCCAAUGAAGUUGAAAUUAUACGUUAUCAAGUUCUAAUACCAGUUACUGAGGUACAAGUUCGUGCUUCUUCGGCUAAAGAUAUGGAUUCGCAUUUCUUGUGGGAAUUGAUACAUCUUCGUUCACAGUUACAGCGUCGUUCCGAAAAAGUCUAUGUACUAUCGAAUAGUACAGCCGAUUUUCGUAAUGCAUUCCUAAAAACCAUACGACAAAUCAUACGUGAAAGUGUGCGUAAUAUGUCGAUUCCUAUGAAAAAUUUCGGUGGCAGCUCUGGUUCAGUGUCGGGCAUGUCAUCGCAAGGUGGUUGUUCGGGUAGUUCGCAAACACUUGAGAGACCAAAACAACAAAUAACAAUAAUGCAAGGUUCCCAAACUCUGGGUAAGCCUAAGAAAAAAUCUGGCUCACAGCGCCAUUCAGCUGGAAAUAUAGAUUAUGAUAAUAUUUCGGGUAGUCAGGAAGCAGAAGAUGUUCCGUAUCAAGAGCACCAACAUAUGCACACAUUACAUACGUCUACUUUCCGUAGUCGUAGCAAAACCGUUGGUGACGCUUCCGAUGUUAUAGGCGCAUCAGCUGAUCCUCAGCAACACCUUUAUCAACAACAGCAGCAACAACAACAACAACAUCAUCAGCAUCUACAUCAACAGAGUGAUAUUGAACGUAUAGAUCCCGGUACUAAAUCCGAAGGCGAAGAGGAAUUCCAACAAGGAACUAUUAAAACAAAAGCCUCACUAGGGCGAACGCCAAAUCAUUUAACAUUAAGCACGACUUCAACGCUUUCCGUUGGCAGUACCGGAAGUCAGGCACGUUUGAUUCAAUCAUCACAUCCGCCAUCAACGUAUCAACCAGUUCUUAUGAAAGACUUAGGUAAGAGUAGCUCUAAUACACAAGAUUUUAAAUCACAACAAGAUGAAAAUGCAUGCCAUGAAACUGCUGUUGCCAGUGACGAUGAUGAACUGGCUUUAGAGUCAGAUCUGCAGGCAGCUACGACUGCUGCAGCUUUAAAUUUAAGUCUAGGAAGUAGUGGUAGUCUCUUCACUAGCUCCAGCUUAAGUGGUGGUAGUGGGGGUUCCAGAAUGGAACACGAUAGUGAUUCCAAUUCUGGCAAUAAUAUGCAUGCACCCAAAAAUAACAAUAAUAACAACAAUAGUAAUAAUAUAAAUAGAUUUUCUCCUCGACAAUCGCCCAAACAAGAUAUAGAAGUAAUUGAAAUAUUUAAGAGUGAAAUUGAUAAAAUAACUGCUGCAGCACAGCAGGUGUCGGUUGUACAUAUUUCCUCCAAAGAGUCUUCCAGAAAAACAUCUAGUCGCCAUGCCAGCGACUCAGCCAACAACACUGUCGAACACACACAAUACAUGGACAAACACUUGAGCGAAUUAGAACAGGAAAAUUUGACUGAAACCACAUGUGACAUUGAGGCCUAUAUGGCCAAUUUAAAAGAGACCUCGAUAGAAACAUCUGACCUGAACAUGGACACGGGAGAUCAACAACAAAAUGACUCUAGUCUUUCCCCUGAACCCCAGACAGUCGUUGAAAAUACCCAACAAACGGUAAUCGCCGAUAUAGAAUCACCACCACGCCCUUCUUUAGAAUCCGAUAGUACUGGUACUACCACAGGUACCUCUGAAAAGUCGGAAGAUGAAUCCGAAGACUGUGCUACUGCUGCUACCGUCGUUUCUGCUGCGCAUGUAAAAAUCGAUAAAAAGGUCGACAAGGUAUUCAAAUCAAACAGUAGCACAAGCUCGGCCAGUUCUAAAGCAAAACCGACCAAAUCACCUCGUCAAAGCAUUUAUGUUUCUCCAGAUCGCUCUAAAUCUCAGGGUAGCUCGCCGGUACGUAUUAUUAAAAUAAAAUCACCUCGCACAAGUUUAAGUGAUCAGGGUAAACGUUUAAGCGUCAGUUCAAGUCGUGAUUCCUCUCAUGACCGCCUUUCGGCCGGGCGGCGUACACCAAGUCCCAGAAGAUCCUCAGAUGGCACUGGUAUUCUAAAACGUUCAGCCAGUCCUUCUGGGGGAAUACUCAAAAGACCUGCAAGUCCUUCGAAGGCUAAAAGUCCUGAUCGCAGUUGUUUGAAAAAACUAACACCUUCACACGAUUGCAGUCUUGAAUCGCUGUCACCCCAUUUAUCACCUCGCAAUAGCAUCGAGUACUUGUCUCCAGACCGGUCAGGAUGCAAAAUGUGUCAGCAUCAUUCACCACGCAAUAGUUUCGAUAGUCGCAGUUCGGAGCCGAAUCUCGACUUGCCACGUUCUGUACUCAAAUCUCCUCGCGGUAGUUUCGAAUCCCGUUCCCCUGACCGCAAUUUAGGCGGCUCACGAAAACGCAGUGCCUCCGCACAUGCUCACAUCGACAAUGGCGAUGGCGGCAAUAAAGGCAAAGAGGCUUACUAUCAGUAUUAUCCCAUAUAUGACAAUCGCACCUGUAGCGAUCAUUAUGUUUCCGUAAGACGUGAUAGUGCCACUCGUACUGACUCCACUAGACGUGUUAGCAAGUCUUUAGAACGUUCUCUAUCUCGUGACAGCACCACGAGUAGUUCGUAUCGCUACGGGGUUUCACCUGAGCAUAUUUAUACCAUUAAUACAUCCGAUUCGUCGGGUCCCAUACGUUCCCAGUCAGCUGAAAAUGCAUUUUCCAGUUACAGACAUGAGGCAGCAGUUGCUGCUGUCGCUGCGGCAAAUACUGAUCAAUAUUAUCAUCAAUAUGGCCCUCAAACAAAUGUCACUUCUACACCUUAUACCAUUUAUCAUGAACCACAAUGUCCUCACGACCGUCCCUAUCAGUUGAGCUCUUCAGCGCCCGAACAUACAACAUGCAUGGAUUGUCUGUAUCAGAAAAGACCCUCUUAGCAUAGGGCGCGUGUACGACAAAGUCGUACGCGCAAAAAAGUACCACGUGGUGCGGUGGUAAUGACAUCUUAUGCCGCCGAACCCUGCGACAGUAAUAUGUUCGAUUCCCAAACGACUAUAGUCCAAAGGCCUAAUGAGUCCGGUGGUUGUGUAGAUUGUCAUGAUUUCUAUGAAAUACAUGUUUAAAUUUAAAUUUACGAAACAGAGUUAAAGAACAACAUAUAAUUUAAGAAAAGCAAAUAAAAAACAAAAACAUAAAUAAACUUCCAAUCAAAUACGUAUGUUAGUUUCAAUAAAAUCAUAUGCUGAUUAUAGAUAUAUAUUCAUAUAAAAUAUUAGAUACAAAUAAUAAAACAUUACAUUACAUACUUGAUUAUAAGUUAUUUCAGUUUAAUUUUAUUUUAAAACUUUUGAGAUGAUAGCCAAACCAGUCAUGUUUUAAGAGGAAUGUUAAAAAUUUAAAUAUUCAGAUUAACUCUAAUGACAUACGAUUCAAUUUUAGAUAAUUUUCAAUAAACACUAGUCUAAACACUAGUACCAAUUCGUUAGCAUGGUAAUGCAAAUUCUAGAGAAAUGCUUAAAAUCUUAUUGAAGUUCAUUGUCUCAAAACUGCAAUUUUCUCAUUUGAAACAAACAACUUAACUCCAAAAAGAAACAUCAAAAUAAGAAUUGAAGAUUUCAAAUAAAUCAGGUAUUUUGAUUUUUAAUUGACGGACGAAUAUACGAUUAUUUUUAAAACAAAAUUAAAACAUUUAAUAGGCAAAUAAUACAAAAUAAUCAAAUUAAAUAUAAACUCCAUAAACAUAAAAUGUUAAAAAUCCACUUUAAAUCAAAUAAACGUAAUAGAAGUAAUUUAAUUGUAAUCAAAAAAAAAAUCAAAUAUAAACCUUUAUUGACUCAGUGUUGAACAUUUUGAUGUACCUCAAAUCAAAAAGUAUUCAUUAUUGAAAACAAGCAAAAGCAAAAAAUAGACAAAACUAAAUCAAACAAAUUUAAAUGUUAACAUAAAUUAAAAUAUAAUAAAACUGGUAGAAUUUAAAAUGUUUAAAAAUUGCAAAAACAAAAAAAUAAAACUAAAUCAAAUAACUAAAUAGUACACAGACAAACAUUAAACAUGCAUACAUAUAUAAAAUCAAAUAAAUAUGGAAAUUUAAAUAUAUAAGGAAAUUGUAUACUUAUACAUAUACAUGUAUGUACUUAUAUGAGUAUAUUUACAUACAUAGACAAAUUCAUGUCCUUUCUCUCUCUAUCUCUGUCUCUCUAUACCAUAAUUAUCUAAAAAAAACACUUACUAAACACCUAUUCUAACAAACAAAUUUGCUUUAAAGCGAAUUCUCUUUAAAAAUGAAAUAAUUAAACUGAAAAA